AGUAUAUUUUCCAGCUCUGAGUGCUCGGAAUAGGGUUCCCUUAUUCGAUUAACUCAACUUCCUGCACCUCCAGCUCGAGAGCAAGACAAACCCAAACAAAAUCGAAUCAAACGGUCGGUUGGGGCACUGGAGCAGCGAUAGGGAGCUGAUAAGGCAGGCCCUUGUGAGUGCCCCACAUAUAAGAGAGACGCCUCCAUCGACGGGCUAUUUCUAUUCCAGAACGAGAGCCACCAUGCCUGGAGCGCCUUGGUUGUCCGUGGCUUUCGUGGCCUGUUUAAUUGUUGCUUCCGUAAACGCCAAUGGCUUCAGCACCCAGUACAGGGGCCACACGCAGCACCCCACCAUUCCGGAGCACUGCCUCUACGAGGAGCUGGAUCUAGCCGUGCCACUCCAUGGCUACCUUCUGCCCACCGGACACCAUGACUACUGCAUCCGGCUGGAGUGCACCGAUGACUACCUGCUCCUGAUCCGACACUGCGACAAAGGGCCGUAUCCUCGACCCGGCUGCCAGUUCUCCGCCAGCGACUACGACCUUGAGUAUCCCGCCUGCUGCCCCCAACUCGAGUGUUCCGGCGGAUUCUAGAUAUAAGGCAACAGUGGUCAUCAUAAUAAUAGAUCUGUUAGGGCGGAAUAGUUGUCAUAUUAGUAUAUCUAUUUUAAAAUAUAAAUAUAAAUAAAAUCCUUUUUAAGAAGGAGCUCACUACUAUCCACAGA